AGCAGGGGUAGAGUUACGAAGAUGCUGGCGAAAUAAAAAGGUUUGCGGCUUCAACAACACAUAUUUGUUUGUCAAGAUGAAGCGUCACAUCAAGAUGAAGUGAUCAAAAAUGAGGCGUUUCACCUCCAGUGCUUGCCUUAAGCACGCGUUCAUCUUGUGGUCUGCUGUCGUACUAGCGGACGACCAUCUUCCGGAACGACCUGUGGGUGUGCCAGUCGUGUUCCCUCUGAAACACCAAAGUGAUGGACAUGGCGCUUCUGGAGACAGCUAUUAUGGUGUCUCCGGAGCAGGCAGUAGUUCUUCGAGAAGAAGUAAGCAUCACGGUGGUGCGGACCCUCUAGGGGGUGUGGGGCAGCCUAUAGCCCGCGACCCCCACUCGUUUCAACGGGGAAACGAGCACUAUGAGCACGCGCACACGGCCAGUUGGAAACAGACGCAUGACGUCGCUCAACCUGUGGGGAUUGCGGAGAUCCUUUUACGGAGGUUUCGGUUUGUUUCUAACUUCUAGAUUUGAAAGGCGUGGGCAUGAUCCUGUUUAAGAGCAUUCUAGACUCACGUGGACAGUUAUUUUUAACGAAAGUCUAGAUUUUUUUCCAUUUUUGCCACUUCUAAUUGCUCCUGCUUCUCCUACCGCACAUCGCACUUCAGUCGUAAAUCGUUGGGAAGACGUGCGGCUAGGACAGAGGAAAGCCUCACAGGAACAAGGAUCAUCAACGUCUUUUUCAGAAGCUGGGGCCGAAUCGAAGACAUCAACAGUAACAACACUAGAAAGAAAUAGAGGCUCCUCUGGCAGUUUAUCACAACCAGCAACUGAGUCACUGUCACAAGCAUCAACCCAGGCUUCAUUCCCUGAAGCGACAGGUGUUCCGAAGUUCUAUGGAGUGUCUAGUGGAGUGUCUAGUGGUAGUGCUGCUCCCGAGCCGCCCCGCAGGCCACCACCCACGGCCGAUGACGACGAUGGUCUCACAGUAGCGAAGGAGGCGGGAGAUCAAGACAACGCAGUGUCAAAGGAGGCAGUAUCGUCAAAGGACUCAGCUGGAGGUGAUAGCGCAACAGUAUCGUCAAAGGAAACAGCUCUUCCAGCUUACGUAGCAAAACAAGUAGCGGCAACAGUAGCCGCAGCUGGGGAAGCGCAAGGGAGCAGCGUUCAAAACAAUAAAGAAGGUGCUGCUGAAGCAACUAGCACAGCUGCUACUAUCGCUGCCACAGCUGCUGCAUCAGAUAACGCUGCUUCAUCUGUCUCGCCAGACGACUCUUCAUCCAGUAAAAAAGAAGGCGCGGCGUCUUCUACACCAGAUGACACUAAGGUAGCAACUCAGGCAGCUGUGGCGUCUUCUACACCAGAUGUAGUAGGAGCUCCGGCAGCUGUGGCUAAGUUGAGUAGUAGUACUCUUACAACUGCUAGUGCUAGUGUAGCAACUCCGGCAGCUGUGGCUACAAAACAAACUGCUAGUAAUGCUUCAUCUGCGGAAACUACUACCGGCGCUAUAUCAGAGUCAGAAAGUGCAGGUAAUAAAGUCGUAAGUAGUGCUGCUCCUGCAGGGGAAUCGGAGGGGGUAGUUGGAGGAACAUUAAGCAGCAAGGCACAAGGAGACCACAAGCAGGACACAAAAUCCAUAGCAACAAAUGAAGCAGUGAGUGCUGCACAAGGAGACCACAAGCAGGACACAAAAUGGAUAGAAGCAGUGAGUACCGCAUCUUCUGUUGCUGCAUCUACUUCGGUAGUUACUGCGUCUCCUACUAGUGCAGUUGCCAAUACAGGUUCAGGUGAACGACCAUCGGGUAAUGCGGAAGAUGAUACGAAGAAAAAAACAUCGUCAGUAUCUCAGAGUACUACAGAAACUACGGAGAAGUCGGCAGAUCCACCCAGCUCCAAGGCAGCUUCUUCUAGAUCGUCCAGUGGCUCAUCGAGUGAAGAUUCUGGUCCGCCAGCGGCAGUGAAAAAAUCUUUUAGCGCAGUAGAGGAGCAGUCUUUGAACAAGUUUGCGUCAAGCACAACGUCUUCAGCAUCCGACGAUUCUGCCGCAGGACCAGGUGGUGCUCCGAGUACACCUCUCAGCGGACCGUCGCCACCUAUUGGUUUGUUCCCAAUAUCGCCGAGCACCUGUGCGGACGACCCGAUUUUCAAGGAUGGACUAGGUACUUACUAUACGUAUGAGAUUUGAAGAGACUGUGUUGAGGUCUAUUUGUUAUGUACCCUGUACUAGGGGAAAAGUUGGCGAGCUUAUAAUUUUGCUAUCACUAUCUACUUCGCUGAUAGAAUCAUGUUAUUCUUGACAGUUUUAGACACGGAUUUCGACAUCACGACAUGUCCAUUCCAGGUUUCAAAUGCAAAGAAUGGACUAUGGAAUGGUGUCGAAAUCCGUCUCCCUCUUAUAGCGAGAAACACAUCUCCCUUGUACAUCGUCACUGCAAGAAAAAAUGUGGAUUUUGUCAUUCUAAAGUUUGCGAAGACGAUGCGUCGUUUCGGGAUAUGAGAGGUCUUAUGCUACUAGACGUACCUCUCCCCACUUGGUGCCACGUGCUCUAAUACAAACUUAAACUUUAUUAGGCUUAAAGUUUCAAGCACGAAUGCAUCGACGAUAUUCCGCUUGAAUGAGCUUCAUAGCUGUCACCUACAUGUUCAUACACACCUAGGUUACACCUGCGCCCAGUGGAGUACACACGAUUGUAAGGCGGUCUCGCUACCGGGGUAUUCUCGCUUUGAUAUGAGGCAAGUAAGGAGGCAUUGUCGGAGAACGUGCAAGUUGUGCGAAGAUCCAUCUAUGUGUCAGGAUAGCGAAACUUUUACGGAUGAAACUGGUAUGACUUUCUUUAGAAGCCUUUAGAGGAAUGAAACUGGUAUUCUGUUAUCAGUACAACUUACGUGUGCAUGUGCUGUUUUGAAUGUGUUUUUCUGUGCGCUUACCUUCUUUUCUUAGAAACAAACAUACUUACAACAAAUCCUGUCCGAUCACGACUAAAAAAGGUAAAAGAUGCGAAGCAGCAGUUGCGAGUUUAGGAGGUCAGUGUGUGGUCGAGUCUGCAACGGAGGACCUACAAGAAAGAUUAAGCCAAGUGAGGACCGCCUGUCCAAGAAGCUGCAAUCAGUGCGUACUAAAUGAUGAACAAUAUGCGUAUGCGUUGCUCAGUUACUAAGUGACUUAUUUCAUCAACGAACAACUCUUUGUGGACGCUCCACGUUUUGGUAAAUAUCAAUAUUAUGGACGACGAUAUACUUUUUACCUACUAUCCUUACUUUUUCUUCCUAGUUAGCUUGGCUCCACCCAUAAUAUUAUGGACCACGAUUUUGCGUUGUGCUUGACGCAUGAACAAUAAUUUUCCCAAUCAUGAUCAGGCGACAACCUCAACAUUGGCACCUGCGCAACCUGCAUCAUCUGCGUCUCUAGCAGUAGAAGCAAGCGGCCCCGGAAUUUCACUUGGAGAGUAUCCUUCAUCACAUACGAAAAAAAGAAGCCGAACUAGUAGUGGUACAAGUGAAGAUGGUGGUAGUACCAGUGGUACAACUACCAAUCUCCUAGGAAGUGGAGACUCUCCGGAUAAGACAAUCUACAAGUCACAGUCAGAAGCUUCAACAUCAGGUAGUGGCAAAUCGUCGUCUUUGGUGUCCACCUCGGAGGACAGGAGAUCUAGUGCAAGUAAAACCCUAGCGGGAGUUCUAUCCCCAAUAGCAACAGCAGCGCAGGCAGAUCCGCUAGCAGAGGAUGCACCAUUUGCACGGAUAGAGAAAUUGUUAAGGCAGAGACUCAUUAUCGUCCCGCUGGUGGUCUAGGAGUACCACUAGGGAUGCCAAUCAAUCAAAAUGAUUCGAACCACAAGAUUAGAGACCAGGAAAGAUAAGCAGUAGACUCUUCAUCAUCAUCUAAGUCUCGCCAGCGGCACGAGUCAGGACGUCAUCAUUGCUCGCGUAGCCAACGAUCGGCCGGGUGCAGGGAAGGUGCGUUGUUGCCUUAGCAGACGGAAACUGCGUCUAUCUUUCGUAAGCAGUGACGAUGGGACUGGAUUUUGUGAGCACGUGGGGCAAGGUCGCACUCACUCAACACUGCAGUUUACGAGGACAUACAAACAGGACAAGCUGGUGACGGGUAUUGUAAUUCUUUUAUCGCAUUAUACAAUUUUGACGACAACAUGUAUUUCGAAGUACAAUAGUCGCGUUUUUCACACUUUCUUCUACAUGGUCAGGGAGUGAUUUAUAGCGUAGUAUAAGUAAACAAAUCAACAAAAUACCUCCCCCCACAGACCACCUCAAUCAAUCUUGAUCGAUUCUCUCCACAGAUAUGACCUACACCCUGACUUGCUUGCACCUGGCACAAGCCUCGUUCACGUCAGCUGUUGGUGCGUAUGGGACUGUCGUUUUUGAGGGCUCUGGAGAAUCUGAGUCUACUCCUGCCACUGGAUCUCCCGUGGUUUCGUCUUCACCAUCUGCCAUUACUAGUCUGACAUCUUCCUCAGAAGAUCUAGAAGCAGGGGUUAGGAGUGGCACUACAAGCACGAAGAACAACUUCUAUGACAAGAGAAUACAAGACCAACAGAAGGGUUCCGGGAAGCCAAAUUUUGAAGUCGGACGUGGUAGCAGCUCACUCGGAUGGCUAUUCCUCGUAGUGCUUGGCGUUUUCCUGUAUGCAGCUUGUUAUCGUUAUGAAGUUGCUGCUAUUACUAUCUCAGCAGAUACCAUGGACAACAUACUAGAUAUCAUGGACACCACAACAUACAAAGAAAACUACUUCCUCACCGAGUUUGUGAUUCUGCAAGGAGAAGCUCAAAAUACAGUACAUUUAACAUGAAAAGCUCACAGCCUCUAACAUCUCGGCAACUUGGGACGGUACGUCUUUCACAGGAUGGGACUUGCAGAUAGUGACGAUGAGUUAGAAAUGAGGAGAUUCCAAGACAUAAGAGGCAAAUAUGAGCCACCCAAUAUAUUCGGGGUGUCGACUUCAAGGUUUGAUUAGAGAAGUAGAAUGGUGACGUGAAAACAAACACAAGAAACUCAACGUGAUGAAAACAGACUCAGACUUUAUUCUUGAUGAGUCGUGGACCGCUUCAGCUGCGUUCUUUGGAGGUACUGUACUACUGGAUGGCCUCACAAGUAGGCACUUAUAGCUACAC